CGUCGCGAGAUAUCCGACAGAGGACGAUGGCCUGCACCGCCACCCGCGUCUCCACCUUCGCUAAGGCGUCCACCCGCGCCCGCGGCGGCACCCUGCGCCGCCAGGUGUCCACCGCCGCCCCCGUCACCGCCAAGGCUGCCCUCCUCGGCGACGACCUCAGCAUCCUGAGCGCGGCGGUCGAGAAGGCUGAGCUCACCGGCGCGCUCACCGGCGACAAGCCCCUCACCGUCUUCGCGCCCACCGACGCCGCGUUCGCUCAGGUCUGCGAGGACCUCCAGCUGUCCAAGGAGGAGGUACUCGGCCUCGAGUCCCUCGCGGAUAUCCUCACCUACCACGUCGUCGACGGCACCGUCACCUCCGCCGAUCUGAAAGAUGGCGAGGUCCCAACCCUGAACGAGCGCUUCGCGCUCGACGUCGUCGGAACCACCGUGAACGGCGCCAACAUCGUCAAGGCGGACGACACGAUCGGCAACCUCACCGUGCACCGCGUGGACCAGGUCAUGUUCCCGCCCUGGUCCGCCCCGGCCAAGGUGCUCACGCCGCAGCAGGUACUCGCGUUUGAGGGGUGGGCGCCCGAGGUGAUCAACGGCCGACUCGCCAUGCUCGGCUUUCUCACCGCGGUCGUCCAGGAGAUCGCCACCGGCCAGAGCUUCACCGAGCAGCUCGGCGCCAACUUCGGCAUCUUCGCCGCGCAGGUCCAGCUGUGGGCGUUCGCGUCGCUCGCGCCGGCGUUCAGCAGCAACGAGGGCUACACCGCGAACCCCUUCACGAUGGACGACUCGAGGACGUGGAGGGAGGUCUUCAAGGGCGGCCCGUGGGGACCCGAGGCGAGGAAGAUCUUCAACGCGCAGACGGAGCAGCUCAACGGGCGGGCGGCGAUGGUGGGGAUCGUCUCGCUCAUCGCGGUGGAGGCCUUCAUGGGUCACGCCCUCUUCUAAGUCGAAGCGGGGAGUUCCAGGACGGGACUCGCGAGAGGAGAGAAUUUUUGGUUUUGGAGAGGGGCCCGGUUCAGGGUGGGCCCGCAGCACGGUUUUAUCACAACGCAAGCACGCAUUCGU